AUGAACGAAAUACAGAUCCUUGAUCGUCGCAAGGACGAGGAUCUCAUACGGCGCCAUACCGAUACCGCCGAUGAUACGACUAGCCAGGAAAGACGAGUAGGACCUCGACGCCGCAGCCCAGACGCUGCUCGCGAAAAGACACGCGAUGGCGACGAUAUAGAUGGGCCGUUUCCCGUAGAGUUUCGCCAGCGGAUUGAUGAUGAACACGCACAGGCCCAGCGUCAGGAUCAACCACGCCGUUGCCUGCGAGAGCGUGUUGACGCUGAUGGCCAACUCGGCGGAGAUCUGGACGAAGCCGGGCGAGAGCAUGGGACCGAAAGCGCCGACGACGCCGGCCGAGAGGCCGAUGAUGAUACAUAUAGAGUAGUUGUAGAGGGGAGGGUGGUACACACCCGUGCCCGGCACGAGCUCCAUUUUCUUGUCGUCGAGGAUGCCGAAGGGCAUGGUGGAAUAUUAUCAUCAGUCGAUGAUCGAAGUGACUGGUAUUCUGCAUAUGCUGUGCAACCUCAUGCGAAGGGACACGAGUCAGUCAGUCGUACUAACCAGUCGAGUAACCAAAUAUACGUCCUGACAAUCGAGAUCUGGGCGAUAGUGAGUAUCAGAGUAUCGGCAGAGGAGGUACCUAUACGCCCCAUCCAUGCCCCAUAA